AUGAUACUCAAAGAGUCCCUAGAGGGAGGAGGAUCCACUGGUCUACUCUUGCAUGCGAAGGAGAAAAUGGAAGAUUUACUGGUGCCCGCUCGGAUCACACCACAAUCAACACGUGAGCAACUUAUUGCUUUGGGUCAAAAUGUAGGGCCAGUAACGCCAAGUACAAGAGCUAUCCACUUAAAGAAACUUCGCAACCUAUUAGCACAAGGUGACGGUUCUGUUAUCGAACAUAUUCCAAUUCCAACAAUUACUAACGGGAAUGGAGUGCAUCUUGAUAUAGUGAAUGGGGAGCCCACAAUUGAGGUUGAACGUUCGUUAAAUCAUGAUCUUGCGAGCAAUGUCAUAUUGGAGUCUUUCCAUGCUCCUGAAGCUCCUCAACCGCGCUCAGAACGUCCGCCGGCAGUUGACGACGGUUCAGAUGGUGAAAUGCGGGGUGAAGAGUCGGUACGAUAUUUGUCACCAGAGGAAAUGGAGUUGGAGAUGAGCUACAGUAGAAGGAACUGUAGUUUUGUUGGUUGUUCUUCUAAUGGUACUGGUAGUGUUCGUGUUCUUUCUAUCGGAUCGCCUGCACCGUCAGACUACUGA